GGGGUUCGAAAUAGGAGCUCUAAAUCAAAACCCAAAAAUAUAUAUAUUUUUAAAAAAUCUCCUUUCUCUGUCUAAUUAAUUCAGGGAAAGAGUAACCCCUAAAAAAAUAUAAAUACAUAGAGAAAAAUGGGUGAUUCAGGGAAAAAGAAGGCCGCCGUUCUCGGCGUUUCUUCCAUCCUCCUGGUGGCUGCCGUCGUGGGGGCCGUAACCUUCGGGUUCGGGAACCACGGAUCAUCAGCAAACCCUUCCACCACCACCCAUACAUCCUCCAAGGCGGCGGAAUCCCUUUGCGCGCACACUGAUUAUAAGGAAACUUGCCAAAAGAGUCUGGACGGAGCCAACAGCGACGACCCGAAAGAGCUGAUCAAGCACGCCUUCAACGUCACGAUCGCCAACAUUGGAGACGUUAUCUCCAAGUCCUCCACCAUCCAGGAUGCUGCCAAGGACCCCAGGACGUCUGGCGCGUUGGAUAUCUGUAAAGAUGUCCUCGACAGAGCCAUUUCCGACUUCGAGCGUUCCCUUGAGAAGUUCCACGAUUUCGACAUCAAGAACUUCGACAAGCAUCUCGACGAUCUCAAAACCUGGAUCAGCGCCGCCAACACCGUCCAUGACACCUGUUUGGAUGCCUUCGAGAACACCACAGGUGAUGCCGGUGAGAAAAUGAAGGAACUCUUGAAAACCUCCCGCGAGCUUUCCAGCAAUGCUCUCGCCAUGGUUUCCGAUAUCGGCAAGAUUUUCUCGAGCUUGAACAUCCCCGGAUUCAACAGACGGCUGAUGUCCGACGAGACCUACCCCGAAUACAUUGCCGCUUCCACCAGGAGGCUCAUGGAAGCCGGUGCCCUAAAACCUAACGCGGUCGUGGCCCAGGACGGAAGUGGCCAGUUCAAGACCAUCAUGGAAGCUGUUAAUACCGUCCCAAAGAAGAACACUGCACCAUUCGUGAUCUUAAUCAAGGCCGGUGUUUACAAGGAAUAUGUGGAGCUUCCUAAGAAAGUGGACAACAUUUACCUCAUCGGAGAAGGACCCACCAAGACCAAGAUCACCGGAAACAAGAACUACGAAAUAGCUAAAAUCGGCACUUUUCAAACCGCCACCCUCUCUGUAAACGGGUUCGGAUGUGUGUUGAAAGACUUGGGAAUCGAGAACUCAGCCGGAGCCGAAGGGCACCAGGCCGUGGCCCUCCGAGUAUCAGGUGACCGAACCGCGAUAUUCAACUGCCAGCUGGACGGAUACCAAGACACGUUGUACACCCACAGCUACAGGCAGUUCUACCGCGAUACCGUCAUCAGCGGAACCAUCGAUUUCAUCUUCGGCGACGGUCAGGUUGUGUUCCAGAACUGUAGGAUGAUAGUGAGGAAACCACUCCCUAACCAGGACUGCAUGGUCACCGCUCAGGGCAGGACGGAGAACCGUGGAGUCGGAGCCCUCGUCCUCCAGAACUGUAAGAUUGAGGCCGAUCCGCAAUUCUUGACCCUCAAGCCACCCCGCAAGGCCUUUCUGGGACGUCCAUGGAAGGAAAUGUCAAGGACCAUCAUCAUGCAAUCUGACAUUGAUGCAUUCAUUGCUCCAGAAGGCUUUUCGCCAUGGAAUGCCAGUGAUUUUGGCCUGCACACAUCCUACUAUGGUGAGUUCCAGAACAGAGGACCUGGAUCUGAUACCUCCAAGCGGGUAACCUGGAGGGGCAUCCAGAAGAUUACUCCCGAGAUUGCUAACAGUUUCACCGUUGGACCCUACAUCCAGGGUCAGACUUGGCUCCCACAAGCCGGCGUUCCAUUUGAAGCUGGAAUGAUGAAGGUGUAAGCAAAAGAGUAUCAUCAUAGAAACCAAAACACAAACCGUUAAUAAAUAAUAUUUUAUAAUAUCAUCACCACAUUAACUUUUUUAUUAUAGUAGAGGAAAUGCCUGUAUUUUUUUUAUAAAAAAAAAAGAAUCUUACGUUUUGGAUUUUUAUUUUUUUGUUGGGAUUAUAAACUAGUUAUAUCUCUACGAACUUUUAUAUUAAGUUUUGAUAGAAAUAUUUAUGAUGAUCGAUCAAUGGAUGCAGAAACUUAAACAUAUUUAGAUUGAUCAUUAUUUUUUGGUGUGUGACAGUUUUCGAUAAUUGAGUAUUAUUGUAUACUUCACGAGAUAUCAAAGGAAAAUUUUGAAGUCUUA